CGUUCAUCUCCAAGAGGGCCUCAACUAUAGCUCCGACACUGUGGUUUUGUUCCAAAGAAUCACUGUGAUCUUGUCUGAUUUGUGCUUGUUAUAUGGGGUUUAUAGAUUGACCAAGGAUUUGGAUUCAAGGAGGCGAAUUUCGAUUUGGGUAUUGAUUAUUUGGUCCCUGAUGCUUGUGAUUGUGGACCAUAUGCAUUUCCAGUACAAUGGGUUUCUGUUGGGGCUCUUGCUGAUGUCGCUUUCGUAUUUGGAGGAAGGUAGAGACUUGAUGGGCGGAUUUGUUUUUGCGGUUCUGUUGUGCUUCAAGCACUUGUUUGCGGUGGCGGCGCCCGUUUAUUUUGUGUACUUGUUGCGGCAUUACUGUUGGGGCGGAAUUGUGAGGGGCUUCAGGCGGCUUUCGAUUUUGGGGGCGGUGGUUGUAGCGGUUUUUGCAGCGGCGUAUGCACCGUUUGUCUAUCAUGGGCAGAUGCAACAAGUCCUUCGCCGUAUGUUUCCUUUCAGCAGAGGACUUUGCCAUGCAUAUUGGGCUUCAAAUUUAUAUUAUUUUAGAUAA